CGCUUCGUUUUCAGUUCCCAACGCUGCGAUGCCGGUGGCGCACGUCUCGCCGGUCGCCCGCCGACCACUCUACGUAGCGUCGAUCGCGCCGAUACUUUUCCAACUAAUAAAUCAGGCGAGCCGAACGAAGUAACCUCACGGACAGAUUAUACAUCGAUAUGAGAUAACAAGCGAGUUCCCACUGCGGUGAUUAAUCGCCAAAGUCCGUUCAACUCGAAUGAUUCGAGCGUAAUCUUCGGUUUGGUUUUAGAAGCGGGUAACGUAAACAGAUAAACAUUGUUGAAGUUUUCCGGAACGGUUUGUUGAUGUUGGGCUUAGUAGUAUAGGGUGCAUUGUAUGGAUUGUUAUGCGAUAAUGCGUGUCGGGUGUUUCGAUUCGAGGUAGUCGAGUCAGUGUGUGCCGGGUUGAGGAUGCGGGGCCAGUGGACGGCGGCGCUGGUGUGGGCGGCGCUGGCGGCGGCGCUGGCGGACUCCUGGACGGCCUUCCAGGAGCAGCCGUGCUGCCGGCCGGUGUCCCACCACCGCGUCAGGCACCACCGAGAUAACAUACGAGAGUUUUCUUGCGGCAACCUCUUCUACCGCACUCUGUACAUGAACGAAGAUAGAAAUAUAUUAUAUGUUGGUGCUAUGGACCGAGUGUUCAAACUGAACAUGACCGAUAUUAGUCAGUCCCAUUGUGAGAGGGACGCAUUGCUACUAGAAGCUAGUAACGUGGCUCGGUGCGUGAGUAAAGGCAAAUCCGAGCCGUUUGAAUGUCGGAAUCACAUCCGCGUGCUUCAGCCUAUUGGAGACGGCGAGCGGCUCUACAUCUGCGGUACCAACGCGCACAGCCCAAAGGACUGGGUGGUCUAUUUAAACUUAACACAUCUGCCACGCCACGAAUACAUCCCAGGCGUGGGCCUAGGCGUCGCAAAGUGUCCAUACGACCCAGCAGACAACAGCACAGCAGUUUGGGUCACAGAAGGCAACCCUGGAGGACUACCAGCCAUCUACGCCGGGACCAACGCGGAGUUUACAAAAGCCGACCCAGUCAUAUUUAGAAAUGACCUGUUUGACUUCAGAACAGGACAGAAAAAGUUUAACUUUAAAAGAACACUGAAAUAUGACUCAAAGUGGCUCGAUAAAACCAACUUUGUCGGGUCAUUUGAUGUCGGGGAGUAUGUUUUGUUCUUCUUUCGAGAAACGGCAGUGGAGUUUAUGAACUGUGGCAAAGCAGUGUAUUCUAGAGUGGCCAGGGUCUGCAAGCACGAUACCGGCGGCAAACACAUACUUAGCCAGAACUGGGCCACCUAUCUUAAAGCCAGACUUAACUGCAGCAUUCCAGGAGAAUUUCCUUUCUAUUUCGACGAAAUACAGAGCGUGUACCAAAUGCCGGGGGAUCCGACUAAGUUUUAUGCGGCAUUUACGACGGGCGCCAGCGACGGACUAGUGGGCUCUGCUAUAUGCACGUACACCAUGGAUGACAUACAAGAAGCCUUCAGCGGACGCUUUAAAGAACAGGCGACGUCAAGUUCCGCAUGGCUGCCGGUGCUGCGCGCGCGCGUGCCCGAGCCGCGGCCCGGCACGUGCGUCAACAACACCGAAGCGCUGCCAGACAACGUGCUCAACUUCAUCAGGUCUCACCCGUUGAUGGACUCCGCCGUGAGACACGAAGGAGAUGCGCCAGCCUUCUACAAGAGGGACCUAGUGUUAACCACCCUGGUGGUAGAUCGACAGUUUGUCGACAUGCUUGGGGACGACAUAACCUACACCGUGUUUUAUGCCGGCACCAGCGCGGGCGAAGUGUACAAAAUAGUGCAGUGGGCGGGCGGCGGGUCGCGCGUGGCUGACGUGUGGCGCGCGGCCGGCUCGGAGCCCGUGCGCGCGCUCGCGCUAUCUCGUCGUGCGCACGCGCUUUAUCUUGCGACCGACUACCGCCUGAGGCAGUUGCCUUUGCGCGUCUGCGCUCAUCGGUAUGACAGCUGUGUACGCUGCGUCCUCGACCCUUACUGCGGUUGGGACAAAGAGGCAGGCCUUUGCCGGCCCUACGCGCCAGGCCUCCUCCACGACGCCACCAACUCCACGCCUUCUAUCUGCGAGGCCUCCGCCCCCCUCCGGACUGUGAGGGCUGGUUAUGGACAAAGUGUCCACCUGGCUGCCUUCGUCAAGACACCAGAGGCCUUGAAGGACCAGGUAGUGGUCUGGUACCACCACUCUAGAGAGAAAGGGCGAUAUAGGAUUAAUUUUAACUGGGAGCGUGUGCUCCAGACUUCGGAGCGCGGGCUGGUGCUUCUGUCGGUGACGGACGCCGACCGCGGGCGCUACGAGUGCUAUUACGGGCCCACGCUCACCGCCUCCUACAAUCUGGACAUCGAUGUCCACAGAUGUACACAGCCCAGCAAAACACAAGAGUACAAGCAAGUGUAUUCGGAUUGGUGUCACGAGUUUGAAAAAUACAAAAGCGCGAUGAAAGCUUGGGAGUCUAGACAAAUGCAAUGCUCCAAAAACCUGAACGCAUCGAGCCAGCAAAACAGCAUGGCGAACGAGAUCGUCGCGUCGCUGCGGUGAUAGGCCCUCUAGUGAUUAAUGAACGAUUACGCCGACGUGAACUAGCCGAUGCGCCCCAACCAGGAUGACAGAUGCCCCUAUCGCCAGACUAUGCCACUCACUUAUCUGCAAUCAGCAAAUACAAGGCUUGGAAAUGCGUUUUCGUAGAUUGUUAUAGAAGGCAAAAUGCAAUGCUUCUACAUUUAUGGGUGACUAGCUUUCCGCCCGCGGCUUCGCCCGCGUGGAAUUUU